AUGGGUUCUCGAGAGGUCCAUAUUGCAGUCCUGGACACGGAUAUUCCGUGCUAUCACGUUUACGCCAAACGAGGGCUGUACAGUUCGCAGUUCAACUCCCUACUUACUGCUGCCGCGAGUCGGAUCAAUGAGGCCUACCGGAACUCUUCGAAAGCCCCUCUCAGUGUCCAUGUCACCGCGUUUGAUGUUGUCGGUGGUUCAUACCCGCACCCCGCGACGCUGCGGGCUAGCCAGCGGUCCUCCUCAGAGAAGAGCCCACCUGGAUUCCACGGCCCCAUAGAUGCUAUCCUAGUCACUGGUGCGGCAGCAGUAGUAUAUGACGAGCUUCACUGGGCCCCAAAGCUUCGGUCUUUCAUUCGAGCCGUGUACGCCGACUAUCCUCUCGUCAAGAUAUUCGGAUCGUGCUUUGGGCAUCAACUUAUAGGCGAAGUACUCCUUGCAAGUGACAAAAGUUUCACAAACGAAAAGGCAUCUUUCAAGAUCACGGUCGGAGCUACAUCUCAAGGCCAUGAAAUCGGCAUGCUGCCUAUCACUUUGAACCCCUCCUUUGUCUCGCAUUUUCCGCCUUUGGCUCGGUUCUCCCGCGAACGUUUCAAUCUUUAG